AUGGAGUCUAAUGGAGGAGGAACUUCAUUGAUGACGAUGCUGGUUGCUUUAGUUGGUAAAAAUCCGUGUGGCUGGUGCAAGAUUUUUAAGGGAACGAGUCGUGGAGCAUCAAAUGGACAGCAUCCACGAGCUCUCGGGGAGAACAUAUUUUGGCACGAGCCAGUUAGAUCAACGGAUGAUCAACCUAAAGCUGAGAAUGAGGAAUUGGAUCGUGCAAUUGCAAUUUCUCUUGCAGAGGAUGCUAAGAAACGGAAAUCUUCAGGAUACAAUGGAAUGGGCAAUAAUGAUGAAGAACUUGCAAGAGCCCUACAAGAGAGUUUGAAUAUGUUCCUUCAGCCAUACGCCCCAAUCCAGUAUUUACCUAGAGAAUAUAGAGUUUGUGGAGGUUGUAACCAGGAAAUAGGCUAUGGCCGUUACUUAAGCUGCAUGGGAACCUUCUGGCACCCUCAAUGCUUUUGCUGUCAUGCUUGUAGACGGCCUAUCCAUGAAACUGAGUUUUCUUUGUCAGGGAAUUUGCCAUACCACAAGGCAUGCUAUAAGGAGUCGCAUCAUCCAAAAUGUGAUGUCUGCCAUGAAUUUAUUCCAACGAACAUGGCUGGUUUAAUUGAGUAUAGAGCUCACCCAUUUUGGGGCCAAAAAUAUUGUCCUUCACAUGAACAUGACAAAACACCUCGUUGUUGUAGUUGUGAGCGGAUGGAGUCAAGGGGUAUGAAAUACAUUUCUCUAGGAGAUGGGCGCAACUUAUGCCUAGAAUGUCUGGAUUCUGCUAUCAUGGAUACUGGUGAUUGUCAAUCUCUAUACCAUUCUAUCAGAGACUAUUAUGAAGGAAUGAAUAUGAAAAUAGAUCAACAGAUUCCAAUGCUUCUGGUUGAAAGGCAAGCACUUAAUGAAGCCAUGGAAGGGGAGAAGGAUGGUCAUUAUCACAUGCCUGAGACAAGGGGCUUAUGCCUUUCUGAGGAGCAGACAGUUAGCAGUAUACAUAAGAGGCCAAAGAUUGGGGGAAAUCAAAUAUUUGGCAUGAGAACUCAUCCACAGAAGUUGACUCGUAAAUGUGAGGUCACAGCAAUUCUUGUUUUAUAUGGUCUUCCCAGGCUAUUAACAGGUUCUAUCCUUGCUCAUGAAUUGAUGCAUGCAUGGUUACGCCUCAAAGGCUACCGCAAUCUAAGCCCUGAGGUGGAGGAAGGUAUCUGCCAGGUGCUCUCCCAUAUGUGGCUUGAAUCAGAGGUUAUGCCAGGGUCAAGGAACAUGCCAUCCUCAUCUACGUUUCCUUCGUCUUCAUCCUCUUUUCCAUCAUCCAAGAAAGCAGGAAAAUCUGAUACUGAGAAGAAGCUUGGUGAUUUUUUCAUUCAUCAGAUUGCUCAUGACACUUCAUCUGCCUAUGGUGAGGGUUUUAGAGCUGCUAAUGAUGCUGUUAAUAGGUAUGGGCUUCGUUGCACCUUAGAUCACAUUCGCUGGACAGGAAACUUUCCGAUGUAAAGCCAUUUCUUCUGUUGUAAGGAGAUAUAUUCCUUCAGAGAUAUAUUAUGUCUUUGAUGAUAAAAUUUAGUCAUGGAAGCUUGGACAAGCUCCCCUUAAUUUUUUAUGGGGCUACUUACCAACUACUAUUUCAGGUAAAUAAGCACUUGUAUUGGAUCAACCAUCAAUAAAAUCAUUUUCUUCAAAUUCCAGCA